GUUGGCUAUUCCUACGGAAAAGAUGAAAUUGCUUCACAUUUGCCUGAUCCUUGCGCUGCUGCAGCAGCACUCCAAGGCCAAGCGGCUGUUGGAAAUGGAUGUAGCUGGCAGAGCGUCUAUCGAGGGGCGCAUUGUGGGUGGCCAGGCGGCAGAGAUUGGCUACGCCAAGUAUCAGGUCUCCCUGCAGCCCGUUCUGGGCUAUCACAACUGCGGCGGCGCCAUACUCAACGAGCAGUGGAUCAUUACGGCUGGUCACUGCGUCGUCACCUUCCCGCCCGAGUUUAUUGUUGUGGUCACAGGCACGAACCGCUAUGCAGAACCCGGCGGCGUCUACUACGCGGAGGAGGUGCACGUCCAUUGCAUGUACGACAAGCCCUAUAUGCACAAUGAUAUAGCCCUAGUGAAGGUUAGCAAAAACAUCACCUUCGACGAGCUGACCCAGCCCAUAGCGCUGCCCGUGGGGCCGGUGCGUGAGGGCGCUGAGAUUGUGCUCACCGGCUGGGGGUCUGAGGUACCCAACGGCAAUGCCAAUGAGAAUCUGCAAAAGAUUUCAUUUGGCUUUGUCAAGCUGGACGAGUGCCUGGCCAUAUUCAAUCAAACGAGCAGCAUGGGCGUGGGUCACAUAUGCACCUUCUCCAAGGAGGGCGAGGGCAGCUGCCACGGUGACUCAGGUGGACCGCUGGUGAGCAACGGCUACCUGGUGGGUGUGGUCAAUUGGGGCAGACCCUGCGCCAAAGGCUUUCCGGAUGUGCAGGCCAAUGUAUACUACUACUUGGACUGGGUUCGCAAUGUGAUCAGCGGCAAUGCCAAGUGCACCACAUGAGCUUGAGAUGAAAUAAAGAUUUAAUUAUUGUUUGAAUGGAAAUGGAUUCGCUUUUCUUUUAUUUCAAUCAUA